CCCGGACUAUAAAUCAAGCUUCUAAUAUAACUUUUUGAUGUAAUUCCAGAAUGAAAAAAAUGAUGUUUGCUUAACCGAGGAAGAAGAAACGAAUAAUCAGAAAAUGAUACCCUGUAGAAGCAGCGUUCGACAACGUUCAUGUUCUCGUGAUGGAAAAAAGAUGCGACGGCAUCGCCAUUCUCAGAAUCCAAGAGAAGGUUUACGUUCUCAAUCACCUUCAUAUCAACGUUCUCGACUCUCUUCAUCAAUAGCGAGGCGGCAGGUUAAACGAAAGCGACGCCAUGCCAAGCUACAACGACGAGAUGACGAAAAGCGUGAAAAGAGGAGAUGUGAAAAAGAAAAUUCGCAUAGUUCUGAAAAUUCCCCAAAACGGAAUACAUGGUUUUCUACUAGUAAAGGUUUCAGCAGUGUGGAUAGCAAAGUUGCAGAAAAUAACAAUGCCACCGUAAGCGAUGCCGAAGGAAAUAUUACUGAGCGGCAGCGUCGAACCGUUGACUUAUUAACAUCCCGAACACUAAAAAAGUCCAUACAUGGCUAUAUUAACAAAGUAAACGUAGAUAACAUUGCCAUUAUUACUCGUGAACUGCUUAAAGAAAAUAUUGUUCGUGGCCGUGGCUUACUUUGUCGUUCUAUUAUACAAGCCCAAGCGGCAUCGCCCACUUUCACGCAUGUCUAUGCUGCCUUGGUGUCUAUAAUAAAUUCUAAAUUUCCUAAUAUAGGCGAGAUACUACUUAAACGUCUGGUAAUUCAAUUUAAACGAGCUUUCCGAAGAAACGAUAAGGCGGUAUGUUUGUCGUCAUCCCGCUUUAUAGCUCAUUUAGUUAAUCAGCGUGUAGCACAUGAGAUACUUGCAUUGGAGAUCCUAACGCUAUUGGUAGAGACACCAACAGACGACUCUGUGGAGGUAGCUAUAGCUUUUCUAAAAGAAUGUGGCAUGAAAUUGACCGAGGUGUCUUCUAAAGGCAUAGGUGCAAUUUUUGAAAUGCUAAAAAAUAUAUUACACGAGGGUAAAUUAGAUAAGCGCGUUCAAUAUAUGAUUGAAGUAGUAUUUCAAGUGCGAAAGGAUGGUUUCAAGGAUCACCAGUCUGUGAUUGAAUCAUUAGAAUUGGUGGAGGAAGAUGAUCAGUUCACACAUUUGCUAAUGUUGGACGAGGCCACAAAUCCGGAGGAUGCUUUAAGUAAGUUUUAAAAUACAUUAAUAUGUGUACUUA